UGUUGCACGCCGGUUCCUUGUGUAAUGUUGUGUCUCCUUCAAACCCGUCCGCCGGCUUGUCCUCGUCUCCCGGUGGAAGUUUUUAAUUUUUUUUCUCUUUCGGAAUUAUGAAUUAUGAAGUGACAGCGUGUAAAUCAAGCGUCUUUGUUCCAUGACUCAUUGGACCGUUUUGUUGUUGUUGUUGUUGUUGCCGAGCGUGGACUGCGGCGGUGGUGGACACUUGCAGGUGACCCAGCUGCCGCCAUGACGCCACCGGUCGUCCGCCGGUCGCUGGGCGGCCUCUCGCUUUCCGCUUUCCUGCGGGCCCUGCGGUGGCGCGCCGGGAGGCCGCCGCUCUUCCUGUGGCGCCCCCACGUCCAGAUCCGGGGGCUCAAGACCCAAAGGCGUCCCGGCCACGAGGAGCAGCGAAGGAGCCGCAACAAGACGGCGCUCACCUACGUGGCGGCCGCCGGCGUGGCCAUGGUGGGCCUGUCCUACGCCGCCGUGCCGCUCUACAGGCUCUACUGCCAGGCGGCGGGCCUCGGCGGCACGGCGGUGAGCGGUCACGACUCCGAGCUGGUGCAGAGCAUGGACCCGGUCAGGGAGCGCGUCGUCAAGGUCACCUUCAACGCCGACACCCACGCCAGCAUGCAGUGGAACUUCAGACCUCAGCAGACGGAGAUCUUCGUGGUCCCGGGUGAGACGGCGCUGGCCUUCUACAGAGCCAAGAACCCCACAGACAAGGCCGUCGUCGGCAUCUCCACCUACAACGUGGUGCCCUUCGAGGCGGGACAGUACUUCAACAAGAUCCAGGCAGGGGAAAAGAAAAUGCUUCUGCUUCGAGGAGCAGCGCCUGAACCCCCACGAGGAGGUGGACAUGCCCGUCUUCUUCUACAUCGACCCCGAGUUCGACGUGGACCCCAGGAUGGCUCGCGUGGACACCAUCACGCUGUCCUACACCUUCUUCGAGGCCAAGGACGGCCAGCAUCUGCCUCUGCCGGGCCGGCGCUGAGCCCGAAGCCGAGUUUUUCCGUGCCGUGGAAGGCUGGAGCGCAAGUGCGGAACAUCUCCUUGAUAUGGAGACGCGUUGCCUGCUCUUGAUCGUCAUCGGCUUGUCCUCGGCUGCCGGCGAGUUCUACAGUUCCAUAGGUCACAUGACGGAUCUGCUGUACACUGAGCACGACCUGGUGGCCUCGCUGGAGGAUUACA